AUGCCCGACAAGGCUCUAGACGACGUGACGACCUAUGGACCGAAUAUCAGGCUCUCGCCGCUGAGGCUGAACGCUGCCAAAGAGGAUUUACAUGGCUUCACCACGGAUGAAUUAAACACGCAUUUCGCUGGGGUGUCCAUAUCUGAUGCCGAGCGCGAGGUUGAUCUGAGCGGCAUCCUGGCCGAGGCCAACGAGGAUGGUUUCACUUUGCGUGAGGUCACCUUUGCGGACGUGGUUCUGGCUGUCGCUCACUUUUCAUCUCAAACAAAGGGGGAGGAUGGGAUACCUCAAAGCGUUAUAGCGAAAUCUCUCCCAGUCCUAGGACAUCUCCUGGUGACCUUAUUUAAUGCCUCACUCUCCUGUGGGGUCUUUCCUGGUGCCUGGAAGAACGCUCAUUUGGUGCCCCUUAAAAAGAAACCUAUUCCAUCUACUGUUUCGGACUUCCGUUCAAUAGCCCUUUUGAGCUUUCUCUCUAAGGUUCUGGAGAAGAUCACUGGUUUUCGACACAACCAUUCGACGCAGACAGCACUACUAAAACUGACUGAGGACAUCAGGACUGGCAUCGACAGUGACAAACAGCUACUCACCAUUUGGCUACUGUUCGACUUUAGCAAGGCCUUCGAUUCGAUUUCCCCCUCGAGAUUACUACGUAAGCUGAUCAGGAUGGGUUUCUCUAGGUCGGUGGUCCUGUGGGUCAUGUCUUAUUUAUCUAGACGUAACCAAAGAGUGGGCUCGAUCCUGGGGCCCUUACUGUUCAGCAUUUACAUCAACGAUCUUCAGGAGGUGUUGGCCGGUUUUCGGGGGCCCAAGGGGUUACUGACCGACAGUGUCGCCCAUUUACUCUACGCGGACGAUCUGCAAACCUACACUCAGGUCACAAGAGAUAAUCUUCGUGAGGGUGUGGAUCGCAUGUCAGCAGCAGCGCGGGCUGUGUCGGAUUGGGCAUCUCACAAUGCUCUGCACCUCAACACUGGCAAGACUAAAGCUAUCAUUUUUGGAUCUGAGUAUAAUGUAAAUAAACUACAGGGGUUGAACUUGCCCGGUGUCGAGGUGCAGACGGGUGUUUUUGUUCCUUUUGUCGAUGCCGUAACUAACCUCGGAGUGGUCAUGGAUUCAAAGUUGACGUGGAAACCGCAGGUGGAUGCAGUUAGCCGAAAGGUUAACAGAGCUCUUUAUGGGCUCAGAUCUUUUAGAUCCUGUACCAACGAGGCGUUACGUAAGCAGCUGGCCGGCGCUCUGGUCAUUUCUCAACUGGAUUACUGCUCUGUAGUGUAUCUUGACGUGUCGGGGGAGCUCGAGACAAGACUCACUGCAGAGGCUACAGAACUCAUGUGUGAGGUACAUUUGCGGGGUGGGGAGGUACGAGCAUAUCUCUCCUUACAGGAGAAAGCUGGACUGGAUGAAUAUUAA